UCUAUACAAGGAAUAAGUCUGAACACAUCAGCUCUGAGAUUUUCAAGCUCUACAGAACUUCUACAGAUUCUUUCUUGUGAAGAAAUUUCUUGAAGAAUGAGAAGCCUGAUGUCUGUGUUGUUUCUGGUGCACAGACUUGAAGGAGUUUUAUUUGUGUUUCAGUUGUGAAAUGCUGACUUGUGUAUAUAAUGACUUUUGUAUGGACAAUACAAAGGUUAGUUUAUUUUGGCAAGAUCAUAUAGGAUGAAAAUAAAUGAGUGAUUUAUGCACCAGCUUUAUACACGAGAAGAGCUUUGACAGAGCGGAUGUGAUUCUCCUGCUUCUUCAUUUUCUCCUGUUAUUACACUUACAAGUGAACUCCAUAAAAUAAGAAGGCUUGAAGCUCUGGAACUUCCUUUUGAUUCUGUCUGUCAUUGUGAAGAAACAUCUUGAAGAAUGAGAAGCCUGAUGUGUUUACUGUUCGUGAUCGUCUGCUCUGUGCAGAUGACUUCAAGCGCUAGCCUGGCAAGUGAAGUUGCAAACUCAAAGUGUUGUGAAGGGUUCAGUAAAGUGAAGAUUCCUGUGGAUAAAGUCGUGUCUUACUAUCAGACCAGCAGCAUCUGUCCCAUACGCGCUAUUGUGUUUAAGACAAUUGUAGGGAAAGAGUUCUGCAUUGAUCCAAAGACCGACUGGGUGAAGAGUCAUGUUGAUAAAGUGGAUAAAAGAACAACAACUACAGAAUCUAAUGCUACAAAAACAACAACUACAGAAUCCAAUGCUAAAUCAACAACAAAUGCUACACAAAUAUCUGCUACAGAAUCUACUUCUGCUGCAUUGAGAACUGCUACUACAGCAAAGACUCAGAGCCAUACAGUCUAAAAGAAGCUACACUGUUUCUAUUUGAUAUCUGCAUUUCAUAAUGUAUAUACAACCAUAUUUCUGAUGUGUAUAUUAAUAUAUAUUCUCCAAAUAAUGUAUGCAAAUAAAUCCAGCUUUUUUAAUAAAA